AUGGAAAGUGCGCAGCCUGCAGAGCCCCGGGCUCCUCCCCAUGAUCGUUCUGGAGCCGAACUUGAAAUAAGCAAGAACGUACCGCAGGAUUAUACCACCAUGAAUGGUGCAAAAGCCUUCGAUGAAAAGCAUGGCUCCAAAGAGGAGGUAUCCAACCCACCUUCUGCUCCAAGUUCUUCAUCCAAUUCCGUGCAAAGGACCAUUAUAUAUUUCGAAAAGAAUGACCCAACCAAUCCAUAUAAUUGGAGCACACUCAAGAAAUCAUACUGUCUUCUUGUUCCCGUAUCCACCGUCAUGAAUUCCACCAUUUCCUCUUCCUUAACCGCAGGCAUCACCCCCAGUUUUUCGAACUACUUCCACAUCACGGAGCAAGCAGAGCUCGUCCUCCCCACGUCUAUCUUCCUCGUCGGCUACAUCGUCGGCCCGCUCUUGUUCGGACCGCUUAGCGAAAGCUAUGGGCGACGAGUCGUCAUGUUCGUGGCGUUUGCCUUGUUCACCGUCUUCACGCUUGCAUGUGCCGUGGCGCCGACGUACGCUUCCUACAUAGUUUUCCGACUCCUUGCGGGGAUCUUUGCGUCGUGUCCGAUCGCGGUGCUUGGAGGAGUUUGUGCAGAUAUCUACGCUGAUGCAGUGUCCCGAGGUCGAGCCAUGGCCCUAUUCAUGGCUGGCACGACGUUCGGUCCCGUCCUCGGUCCCAUUAUUGGAGGGUACUUGGACCCCGUGGGAUGGCGAUGGGCGUUCUGGGUGGCGUUGAUUCUCGCGGGGGUGACCACCUUUGUGCUUGCGUUUAUUCCCGAGACGUACGGGCCGUUGAUUUUGAAAUGGAAGGCUCAGAAGUUGAGGAAAGAGACCGGAGAUCCGAACAUCUUGGCCCCGUUGGAGCUCGAGGAGAAAAGCAUGAUGCAUAUCUUCACGGUCGUUCUGACGAGACCGAUACGGAUGAUCUGCUUUGAAGCAAUCGUUCUCUUUUCUUGUUUAUACCUCGCAUUGGUCUAUGCAAUCUUCUAUAUUUUCCUCCAAUCAUAUCCAAUCAUCUAUAUCAACACCUACGGAUUCACCAUGGGCGAGGAAGGGCUCACGUUCCUCCCCAUCGCAAUUGGAGCAUGUUUUGCCUGUGGGCUCUACUUACUAUACGACGGGUUCCUUCUCCGUGCUCAGAAACAAAACAAACCCUGGGCCCACCGCGAAGAAUACCGCCGUCUCCCACUGGCAUCCAUAGCCGGCCCGUUCCUCGUCGUCGCCAUCUUCUGGGUCGGAUGGAGCGCCCGCCCGGACGUGCACUGGAUCGUCCCCGUCCUGGCCGGCCUCCCCUUCGGCUUCGGCUACCUCCUGAUCUUCAUGGCCCUUCUCAACUACGUCGUCGAUGCCUACGAGAUCUUCGCCGCGUCGGCGAUGGCCGCCUCUAGCACCUCGCGGAGCAUGUUCGGUGCGGUGUUACCGUUCGCGACACGACCAAUGUAUGACAAGCUGGGCGUGGCCUGGGCUUGCUCGGUGUUGGGGUUUUUGAGCCUAGCCAUGUGCGUGAUUCCGUUCGUCUUCAUCUCCUACGGCGAGCAGAUCCGGGCGAGGAGUCAGUUCUGCCAGCAAUUAAAACGGCGGAAGGCGGAGCAGGAAGCGGAGGAACAGGAACGAUACCGGGUGCAUGAUGCGAGGCAGGCGGAGGCGGGAAUGAGGGGUAUUCAGAGAGUAAAAAGCAGUGAUGCGGAGAUAGAUACGCCUGAACUGGCGGUUUGA